AUGCAUCUUUUGAACCUCGCAAUACUCUCACUUGUCGGAUCUACCGAUGCGUGGCAAGCAGGUCGACCGCGAUAUGGAUUGGUCGGCUUCAGUUUCUACCUUUACGAUCCACCGUGUGCAAGUGCUUGCCAAGGUGUAUUCCGGAAGAAUCCAAUCUUCUGCACCGAUGCAGCUUCCUUCAAGGGCUCCGGGACGGCUGGGAUGAGUCAUGGAGGAUCUCCGAUGGAGUCCUCAGAUACACUGCAAAAUUACACCACCACCCCAUCCGCAGCUUGCUUGGCGGCUUCUGAAGACUUUCUGACGUCUGAAGCGUGGUGUAUCCAUGAGAAAUGCACCGACAUCCAUAUCUGGAAGCUUGAGAAGUGGUGGGAAAACUAUGUUGUCGGUAACUUUGAAUCUGAUCCUCCACCAUCCCUCUCAUAUGGCGCUGCACUGGCGUUGGUUACUUCAAAGCCGUCCUAUACUUGUGCGAAGGGCAUAAAUAUGAACGGCACGUGUCUACCUAAUGAGUCGAUAUGGAGUGCGCGAUUCCUCGCCAUUGAUAAAUACAAUGAAGUCGAGAACCAACAUGAGUAUUUCGGUCUCGUGGUCUUCCUCACCAGCAUCGGCCUUCCAAUCGUUCUCUCAUUGUUUCGUUUCGCCCCAUUCUCCAAGCGUUGGGCAAGCACACUCAAUGGCCGCAUCAUCUACACUUCAAUACAUCGCUCAUGGAGGAAUUCUUUUGUGGUUGCAGUCUUUGAUCAACCUCCCACGUUGGGUCAAGCCUGA